CCGCGUCGAUUCCGCAGCCGGAGCCCACCAAUGAGGCUGAAGCGCCUGAUUUGAACCCGACUGCCGUUAACCAAUCACCUCCUGACAAAUGUGACCUGACUGAACAUGGUGCCGCGAACACCUCUUGCGACGAGACGUCAGGCGGUCGCCUAGUUACUGAGGUGGAACACCAGUCAAUCGAGGAGUUCUUCAACACCUUCAAGCCCUCCGCCGUAGCUCGGGCUACUUCAGUGUCUCUGGAAGGCUCGUCUAGAGACGGCGACGCUGUCGGCGACGACGACCCCUACCUCGAGUCCAUCCUCGAUCGGAUAAAGGAGCAGUUGAUGCUGAAGUCUGCGACCAAGGAGGAGGUGGCUGUGCGGCGACAGCAGUGGCGCGAGUUGGCCAUUAAACUGCAGGGUGUCAAACACUGGGAGGGAUUCAGCCAGGUCUUUAUGGUCUCUUCAGCUACCGGCGAGGGGAUUGACAAUUUGCGAAACUACCUUCUGGAACGAGCCAAACCAGGCAAGCAGUGGCUUCUCUCUCCGGCCCUCAUAACCGACCAGGAGCCUUCAGAGCUGAUUCGGAUGUGCGUCUGGGCGCAUUGUCUAGACCUAUUGCCGCAAGAAGUACCCUACGGUCUGGUUAUCACCGUGGACGAGUGUGAACGUGUUCGGUUGGCGUCUGAAGGCGACGACCGCAUCUACGUGCACGCUCGCAUCCGCUGUCCAAAUGAGCGGUCAAUUAAAAAUGUCAUUGGUCCUGGCGGCUCGACUAUCCGUUCGAUAGCAAGCGCAGCGAAACAGGAACUCAGUAGUAUGUUUCAAGCACCUACAGUCGUCAAGCUGACUGCCGAGGCUGUUCGUCCCUCGCAGAAGUCAAUGCGUCGAAUGCGUGCUGCCAAGGACUUUGCCGAGGUGUUUCCCAACUUUGGUGUGGAAACGCGCUCGCCAGGACUUGAAGUAGCCGAAGCCUAG